GCUUUUGUUGAACUUCUGACCAACGGCGAUUCGUAGUGACGUCAUCUCAUGGAAAUUGUCAGACUAACAAGAUGGCUACGGAACCCAAUAAGACUGAGAUCCUAGCCAUUUUUAAAAGGUUGAGAUCCGUCGCUACCAACAAGGUGUGUUUUGACUGCGCGGCCAAAAACCCGAGCUGGGCGAGCAUCUCUCACGGCGUGUUCCUAUGCAUCGACUGCUCGGGCAUCCACCGCUCCCUUGGGGUCCAUCUCAGCUUCAUCAGGUCCACCGAGUUGGACUCCAACUGGAACUGGUUCCAGCUUAGAUGUAUGCAGGUUGGAGGCAAUGCCAACGCGACGGUGUUCUUCCGCCAGCACGGCUGCUCCACCAACGACACCAACGCCAAGUACAACAGUCGGGCCGCUCAGCUGUACCGGGAGAAGGUCCGGCAGCAGGCCAACGCUGCGCUCUCCAAGUACGGCUCUGACCUCUGGAUCGAGUCUUCUCCAGGAGGAACUCCUACAGCUUCAGAGAGGAAAGAGACCGACUUCUUUGAAGAACUUACACAGACCUCUGAUGACUGGACCGUGGCGCCGCCCGCCGCCCCGGAGCAGAACGGCGCCGCUCUCGGCUCUCGGCUGAUGGAACCGCCGGCCAAAGUUCAGGAGGACAUCAAUGUGGAGGACGGACCGAGCAUCGAAGGGCUGAGCACGUCGCCCAAAGCCUCCAUGGAUGUGAAGCCCUCCCUCAUCGGAAAGAAGAAGCCCAUGGCGACCAAGAAAGGGCUCGGGGCAAAGAAAGGUCUCGGAGCCCAGAAGGUGAGCAGCAAGAGCUUCUCUGAGGUGGAGAAGCAGGCGCAGGUGGCGGAGAAGGUGCGAGAGGAUCGGGCCGCGGAGGCCAAGAAGCACGCCGAGGAGUCCAUCGUGGCCUCCAUGCGGCUGGCCUACAAAGAGCUGGAGAUCGACAGGAAGAUGGAGGAGAAGAAGAUCCAGACCAUGGAGGGCAAGAAGAGGGAGCAGGCCGAGAGGCUGGGCAUGGGCUUUGGCAACAGGAGCGCCGUGUCCCACUCUGUGAUGUCGGAGAUGCAGGUGAUCGAGCAGGAGACCCCGGUGGGGACCAAGUCCUCCUCUCGCUCCAAAUUGGACAUGUUCGAGGAGCCGGGCUUCACCUCCGGACCCCCCAAGUACAAGGACAACCCGUUCACGGUGGGGGACGCUUUCGGGUCCCGGUGGGACACCGAGGGAGGAACUGCCUCCUUCGCCACCUCCUGGGCUUUGGAGAAAGAAGACCCCAAAGAGGAGGUCACCAUCUCCAGCAUCCAGCCCAUAGGAGAGAGACUCCCCAGCAGGAGGAAAGCCGACGCCUCGUCUCCGGUGUCCGAGUCCAGCGAGGCCCGACAGAAGUUCGCCAACGCGAAGGCCAUCUCCUCCGACAUGUUCUUCGGUCGGGAGAGCAGCGCUGAGUACGAUGCAAAGAGCCGCCUGGAGACGAUGUCUGGAAGCACCUCCAUCAGCUCGGCCGAGUUGUUUGGGGACGGAACGGACCUCAAAGGCCGCGCCGCGGGCUACGACGGCGUGCUGCCCUCCGGACCCGACAUCGCACAGUUCAAGCAGGGAGUGAAGACUGUAGCAGGAAAGAUGGCCGUCCUGGCCAACGGCGUCAUGAAUACGAUCCAGGAUCGUUACGGCUCGUACUGAUGAGGACGGACUGCAGGGGACACUCGUCCUCCCAGAGACUCGAUCACAGGACCCACCAAGUAUUUUCAUAAAGGAAACCGUGAAGGGGGGGGGGGGGGGG